AUGGGCGGACGCAUGGCCGACAACAUCCGUAAGCACGGCCACAAACUUGUUGUGUGCGACCCCAUGCCCGCCAACGUGCAGAGGCAGGUGGACCAGGGCGCUAAGGCCGCCGCCAACGCGCGAGAGGUGGCUGAGCAGUGCGACACCAUCAUCACCAUGCUGCCGUCUACCGCCACUGUCGAUGAACACUUGCUGCUGGUCUCGAGUCCGAUCGACCCGAUCUUCACCAAGAAGCUGAGUAAGGAGCUUCAUAACCGUGGAGCCACGUUCGUGGACGCCCCAGUAUCUGGAGGCGUGGCAGGAGCUCAGAAUGGCACAUUGACGCUCAUGGUCGGCGGUGAACCUGACGAAUUCGAACGCGUUAAGCCACUGUUGAAGGCUAUGGGCAAGAACUUGGUGCAUUGCGGCGGAAGCUAUAGGUUUGCAGAUGUUACAAUCGCCAAGCUGUGCAAUAACCUUGCAGCCGCAAUUCAGCUCACAUCAGUCGCAGAGGCGACAAAUCUAGGAGUUGCACUUGGCAUCGACCCCAGAGUACUGGCAGCGAUCAUGAAUUCUUCCACUUCUCGCUGCUGGUCUUCUACCACGUACGACAGGAGCCACCCUUACCCCGGCAUUCUACCUGACAUCCCUGCAUCCAAUGAUACGAAGGAGGGUUUGCCUGCCGAGGCGUCUGUACCGCUGACGAACUCCGUGCUUCAAUUGUUCAACAUGAUGGUAACCCAAGGCAAUGGCCACAAAGACUUUGCCUACAUCCUUCCGUUUCUCAAAGGCGGCAACUCGGGAGAUAAUAAACACUAG